AUGGUAACUGAUAAGCCAGAUGUGAAAGUAUCUCAAAUUAUAGAGAGGAUGCAAUCCAUGUUUGGUUAUAUAGUGUCAUAUAAGAAGGCUUGGAAUGCAAAACAAUUAGCCAUUGCCGUUGCUUUCGGGAAUUGGGAGAUCUCAUAUUCCUUACUCCCAAGGUGGUUGGCCGCAGUACAACACUUCAUGCCUGGAUCAUACGUACAAUUUUCAAAUAAACAGUGCUCUCAAGUCAAUGCGAAUGGGGAACCAGUUGAAAUGUUUCGCUGUGUGUUUUGGGCAUUCAAGCCAUGCAUUGAUGCCUUUCCACAUUUGAAGCCCAUUAUACAAGUUGAUGGAACAUUUUUAUAUGGAAAGUAUAGGGCACGUUACUAA